AUGCAGGAUCUCUCGGGAGCCGGCCAGCAGGCCGGACACGCCCCCGGCGGACGAUUCCCCGGGCACGUUUCCAAGCCUUCCAACAGCGAUACUGGCUUCUCUCACGGCGCUUUCACUUCCAACAUUUCGGGUUUCGCCGACAGACACCCUCGUCGUGGCAACAUUCCCACCAUCAACACCCAGACCAUGGCUCCCCAGCAGCAAUUCCAGCAACAGCAGCAGCAGCAUGUCCCCAACACGGCCGCCGACAUGGCCACUCCUGGCACUGCUUUUGACAUGCAGUUCACUCCUCUGCUACCCUCGCAGCUGCUCCUCGGAAGCCCUUUCCAGCCCGGCACGCCUGGCGCCUUUGGCAGCCCCCAGUUCCAGAUGCAGGGUUUCCAGCAGCCUCAGCAACAGCAGCAGCAUCACCAGCAGCAACACCAGCACCAGCAGCACCAGAACGGACUUGCCAGCCCCGUGCUCCAGAACAUGUCGCCCCAGCAGUACCAGGCCAUGGUUUCGCCCUCGACUUACGGCGCCCCCCAGUACUUCGCGCCUCAGUCGCCCACGGCCUCGGGCUUCGGCGGCAUGCAGCAGAUGCAGUUGCAGCAGCCCACUUCUCCCGUGUCCAUGACCCCCGGUAUCGUCACCGGCACCAGCCGUACCGUCUACCUGGGCAAUAUUCCUCCCGAGACGUCAGCCGAGGAGAUUCUGGGCCACGUCAGGAGCGGACAGAUUGAGUCCGUCCGUCUUCUCCCCGACAAGAACUGUGCCUUCAUCUCUUUCCUAGACGCCAGCUCCGCCACCCACUUCCACUCUGAUGCCAUCUUGAAAAAGCUCUGCAUCAAGGGCCAGGAUAUCAAGGUCGGAUGGGGCAAGCCCUCCCAGGUGCCCACCUCGGUGGCUCUCGCCGUUCAGCAGUCCGGCGCCUCGCGCAACGUCUACCUCGGCAACCUGCCCGAAGACAUUACCGAGGAGGAGCUGCGUGAGGACCUGGGCAAGUUUGGUGCCAUCGACACUGUCAAGAUUGUCCGCGAGAAGAGCAUUGCCUUUAUCCACUUCCUUUCCAUCUCCAACGCCAUCAAGGCGGUGGUACAGCUCCCCCAGGAGCCCAAGUGGCAGGCCCCACGCCGUGUGUACUACGGCAAGGACCGUUGUGCCUACGUCUCCAAGACGCAGCAGCAGAACGCCGCCCAGUAUCUAGGCAUUGCUCCCGGCUAUGCUCACAUGCUGACUGGAGCUGAUCGCGACCUCAUCUCCAGCGCUCUGGCCCAGCAGUCCGUGGCUGCGGCCGCCGUUGCCACCACCGCGGGUGGCAUUGCCAACCUCGGCAACCGCACCAUCUACCUGGGCAACAUUCACCCGGAGACGACUAUCGAGGAGAUUUGCAACGUCGUUCGUGGCGGUCUUCUGCACCACAUCCGCUACAUCCCCGACAAGCACAUCUGCUUUGUCACUUUCAUCGACCCCACCGCUGCUGCCUCCUUCUAUGCCCUCAGCAACCUGCAGGGCUUGAUGAUUCACAACCGUAGGCUCAAGAUUGGCUGGGGCAAGCACUCGGGUGGCCUCCCUCCGGCGAUUGCCCUGGCCGUCAGUGGCGGCGCCUCGCGUAACGUGUACAUUGGAAAUCUCGACGAGACGUGGACUGAGGAACGCCUGAGGCAGGACUUUUCCGAGUUUGGCGAGAUCGAGCUGGUCAACGCGCUGCGUGAAAAGAGCUGUGCUUUCGUCAACUUCACCAACAUUGCCAACGCUAUCAAGGCCAUCGAGGCUGUGCGUAGCAAGGAGGAGUACAGGAAGUUCAAGGUCAACUUUGGCAAGGACCGUUGUGGCAACCCUCCUCGUCAGCUUCAGCAGCAGCAGGCCCAGUCGCCUCGCAGCGAGGGCAUCCCCGCCGGCGUCCCCUCCCCUCCUCCUGUUGGUUCCCAGAACGGCAACUCGCCCACCAACAGCGGCUCGCCCCCACCCCAGCUCUUCAACGGCGCCAACCCCUUGACAAUGUACCUCAGCCAAGUGUCCCACCAGGCACAGCACCAACAGCACCAGCAACAUAACCAGCUUGUUGCCCAGCAAGCUGCUCUGUUCGGUACCGCUCAGUCGUCGCCGAACGAUGUGACGCUCGAUGGCCCUCCUCAGGGCCCCUCAUCUGGCCACCAGCAGUCUGCCAGCAUCUCGAACGGCUAUCCGGGUAAUGUGACAAGCUCUGGCGCUACCACCAUUGGCGGUCUUUUGGCUCCCAACAACCGUGGCCAGCACAGCCGCGCCGUCAGCCUGCCUGUUCUGGCGCCUGGCUUUGAGAACGGCGCGCCGACGCCCAACAGCAUCCCCGGCAACGAGGGUGAGCGUCGUGGACACCAAUACCAGGCCAGUUACGGCGGUAUGGGUGCCGGAUACGGCCUUGGCCUCCAGGGCGGCCUGAAUGGCUGGGUUGAGGAGGAGGUUGCCAACUAA